GGUUUCUUCUUGGCAUCUAUCCUCUCCAGUGAGAGAGUUUUUUUCCCAAUCCUUCCAAAGAUGGAGUGGAACCAAAGUGAGAAUCGCCCUUUCAAGCUAAGGAAACGUUUAGCUACUCGGAUACGUGAAGCAACUGACAUCCGGGCCAAGUAUCCAAACAAGAUCCCGGUCAUAGUGGAGCGUUACCAGAAGGAGAAGUCUCUCCCUAAGCUGGACAGGACCAAGUUUUUGGUUUCUGAGGACAUAUCCAUAUCUCAGUUCAUCUUUACUCUAAGAAACCGUAUGUCCCUCACAUCUACUCAGGCCUUCUAUCUGCUGGUGAACAACAAUUGCCUGCCUUGCCAGAGUAUGACCGUGGCAGAAGUCUAUCGGGACAACAAGGAUGAAGAUGGCUUCCUCUAUGUGACCUAUGCUUCUCAAGAGAUGUUUGGUGACUAUGGCUGUGACAAAGAUCAAUGAUGCUAUUCAGUUUGGUUUAAAAGAGACGUCUAUGCAACCCUGUCAUUACUCCUUCCUGUGCAGCAGACAUUCUCAUAAUGAGGAUUUUGAAAACCUGCCUUUGUGAAAGAGUGGUGCGGCAGAGAACUCAGAGCCUUUGUGGCUUUGUUCCCUGAAGCAGCUUAACUAUCUGGCAUUUGUAUCUGCUUAAAAAGGCUCCCGGAUCAGGUACUGCUUUGGAGAUGGAGGACUUUCGUGCCAACUCUACAGGGUCAUCGCUUUAAUCCAGUCAAGCUUAUUAUUUUAACACUAUUUUCUCCUUUCUCUUCUCUUAUAUAUAAAGAACCUCAAUUCCUGUCUCUCACUGAGAACUUUGUCUGUUUCUUUUUAAACAAAGCUCAUUGACCUAACAGGGGGUCUUGCGAGUUCUCCUUGCAGAGAUUUUUAACUGCAACAUGAUUCAGUCUCUCUCCCUUCCUGUCUUCCUUUUAAAAAGUUCUUUUCCCUUAAAACUACAAUAAAGAAAUAAAUGGAAACAAUUACACUCA